CAGGACAUGGAAGUUAGGCCGACAUGCAGCAUUCAACCACAUUGCCAAGCUGGAGCUCAGACAUCAGUAGCGUCAGGGCGGAAUUUGAGCGGAGAGCAGCUGAGAUGGCAUUCCUCCCGGUUUCCUAGAUAGUCCUCACAAGUGUAUUUCCGCUCUCCUAGAGAGGCCCGCGGAGGAAGUGGGCCCGGCGAGCGCACAACCACCUGGAAGAACGCUGUAUGCUCGGCUUUGAGUUGGUGAGCCACUGGGAGAUCGGGUGCAGGAGUGGCGGCGGGGCACAGUUGCGGUGACCUGCCCCGGGCGGCGUCACGGUCUCGGGGGUUCUCCGGGGAGCCGGACGGUCGGAGCGGUGUUGUCCAGCGGUCCGGUGUCCGCCAUUAUGACUCUUGGUAUUCUAACUUCUUGACGAACUCCGCACGACUGAGCUCUGUCAUGUGUGUGGACAUCAUUUUCUUGUCUCUUCUCUUCUGAACAUCAGUGUUGGUUAUUUCAGUCUUUUACCAGUGACUUCUGAUGACCCAGCAGAUAACACCACACACUGCAGUACUGUGAAGAUACUCGCAAGGAUACAGCAGUGGUUUGGUGAAAGCGACAGAUUUGCUUUGUGUUCAUCUGGGUGACUCUGGAUAGGAGUGAUGCCUCCAGGCAGGUGGCAUGCUGCCCGUUCAGCUCAGGUGUCAAGGCAACAAGGCUGCCUACGUACGGUAAAGAAGGAAGAGGAGGAGGAUGGCUAUAUUUCAAUGCAGACUGCCAGGCCACAGACACUUAACCGCCCUGGCCAGGAGCUGUUCCGUCAGCUCUUUAGACAGCUUCGCUACCAUGAAUCUUCUGGGCCCCUAGAAACUCUGAGCCGGCUCCAGGAGCUCUGCCGCUGGUGGAUGAGGCCUGAUGUUCUUUCCAAAGCACAGAUGUUAGAGUUGUUGGUGUUGGAGCAAUUCCUGAGCAUCCUGCCUGGAGAGCUCCGGACAUGGGUACAACUUCAUUGCCCUGAGAGUGGUGCAGAGGUUGUGGCCCUGCUGGAAGAGCUGCAGAGGGAUCUUGAUGGAACAUCACUGAAGGACCCGUGUCUUACUCAGAGUCCAGAUGUGCAUUGGAUAGGCACUAGUGCUCUGCAGCCUGCACAGAUAUGGCCCCCUGCAUCACAUCUCAGGAACAGUUCUGCUCUAGAGGACCACUUGGAGACUCCACAUGGAAUAGGAGUUUGUGACUUCCUGACUGAACAAGCUGAUUCUCCUGCCGUCUCAGUGCCUGACUAUUUCCAGAUAGAAGAGGGCAUAGAAUACCAGGUAACAGCCAGCAAGCCUUUGGUAAUCAAGCUGCAGGAAGCUUUAACUUUCCAGGAUGUGGAGGUGACCUUCUCUCAAGAAGAGUGGGGAUGUUUGAACUCAGCUCAGCGCAAUCUUUAUCGGGACGUUAUCCUGGAGAAUUAUGGGAAUGUAGUUUCUGUCGUGGGCUCCUCUCCCAAACCUGCUCUGGUCUCCUGGCUAGAAGCAAGGAAGCCAUGGGGCAUGAAUAUCUGUACAGUUCAGCUUAAGAGGGAUCCUGAUGCUGCACCUGAAGGAGGUAAGCUUCAAAUUAAGUCAAGCAAGUUCAUCUUGAAACAGGAACCUUCAGAGUACACAGAAACCUGUGUAAAGACAUCAGUAUGUCCUGAGACAAGUAUUUCCAAGGAAACAGGGCUCAAAGAAUCUUUUAAACAGAGGAGCAGGCUACAGAAGUCCUGUGGAGACUCCAUACAAAUGAAAGAGAUAAAGGAAGAAACCGACAUUAGUCAGAGGACAGGAAGAGACUCUGAAGUACUGAGAAACAAUGAUAUUCUUGAGUUACAACAUGUUAAAUAUAUGAGUGUUUCUAGGAAAAAGCUAUCCUUUAAACAUGGCUAUGACAGAAACUUCAGAAAAAGUUCACACCAUUAUAAUAAUAAAUAUGGGGAAGGGCUCAGAGACACAGUUGAGGGGUUUGGUGUGUAUCAAAAUACUAGACUGAAAGAGAAUGAAAAGGACAGAUGUGUGGAGACCUUAGGGAAGAGCUCCUACUCCCGUCAUGAAUGUCAUCAGAGAUGUUAUAGUCAAGGGAACAUAUUUAAAUGCAGGGUGUGUGAGAAAGCCUUCAAGUGGCGUUCAAACUGUAUACGACAUGAGAAAAUUCACACUGGAGUGAAGCCUUAUAAAUGCAGUUUCUGUGAUAAGGCUUUCCAACGUUUGUCAGCCUACCGUCUGCACCAGAAAACCCACACUAAAGCAAGGCAUGUGUCCAGUAAGUACAAAAAUGCUCUCACCUGCAGCUCGGAUGCCAGUCAUCAUUUGACAGACCAGGAUGAGGAGGAACACUUAGACUGUAGCCAGUGUGGGAAAAACUUCUCCUGUAAGUCCUAUGCUCUUGAACACCAAAGGAUUCACACACAGGAGAAACCUUAUAAAUGUACCAGAUGUAGGAAAACCUUUCGGUGGAAGUCAAACUUUUCUCGUCAUAUGAGAUUACAUCACAAAGAGGUCUGUAAGCCAGAGAAAUGUCAAGAAGACUUCAAGCAGAAUCACAAUCAGUUUCAGGUUAUCUCUACUGUAGAGAAAACUUUUCCAUGUCAGAAUUGUGGGAAAACUUAUACUCAAAAGAAAUCACUCAUUGAGCACCAGAGGAUUCAUACAGGGGAGAAACCUUACCAGUGUAGUGGGUGUGGAAAAACAUUUACCUAUAGGUCAUCUUAUAUUAUUCAUAUGAAGCGAAAGCAACAUGCUAUUAAAAUAAAACCUGAACGUGGCUGCCUACCUUUUAGUCAGAGUACAGUGUUUCCCAUUCCUCAGCGUAGUCAUAAUACAGAGGAGCCUAAUAAGUGUAAAUACUGUAGCAAAGCCUUUCAUAAUCGCUCAUUUCUUCUCAUUCAUGAGAGAAUUCACACUAGAGAGAAGCCCUAUAAGUGCAGGGAGUGUGAAAAAGCCUUCAGAUGGAGUUCCAAUCUCUACCGACAUGAGAGAAAACACUUUCUGCACAAGCGGUAUAAGUAUCAUGAAAGUAAAGAGACGUCAAAUCUACAGUCAAAAAUCCUCAUUGAUCAGAAGCCCUUUUGGUGUCAGGAAUGUGGGAAAACCUUUACACGUAAAAGAAGCCUUUUAGAUCAUAAGGGAAUACACAGUGGGGAGAGACGCUUUAAGUGCAACCUCUGUGAAAAAUCUUUUGAUAGAAACUAUCGACUUGUUAAUCACCAGAGGAUCCACACUACAGAGCAACCUUUUCAAUCUCAGUGGCAUGAUAAAGAUUUUGUUGGGAUACAUGCCCGUUCUGUUGACCAGAGAAAACACAGCAGAACACUGCAGUCUGAAUAUGGCCUACGUUCAGAUAAGCCUGGCUUAUCUUACUGUCAGGAUGUAAGGUUAAAUAUUCAGGAAUUAGAACUAAGUGGAAAGAAGCUUCAUGAAGAGUGUGAUAACCCUUCUGAUGAGAAUUCCAAGUCCAUUGCAUUCCAGAAUGUGCCCACUAAGAAGAAAGCCUGUCACAGGUGCAACACUUGUGGGAAAACAUUUAAGAAGCACUCACAUCUCAUUAGCCACAAGAGAUGUCACACAAAAGAGAGGCCCUUCAAAUGUAUAGUGUGUGGGAGGGCCUUCAGGUGGUCUUCCAAUUUGACUCGGCAUAUGAAAAAACAUGUUAGAAAUUAGCCUGGGGUCUUUGAUGACAGUGGGGGUGGGGAAUAGUUCCUGGUUACAUUUCUAGAGAACUGUAGUGGUAGGCACUGGGGAAAACCUUUGUAAAGGCCCAGUCUUUUCUGGCUUGGAUGUUCCUGGUGUGGAAUCUUGAUGAUUUCAAAACUCAGGGACUUCUCAGUCUUCCUUCUGGAAAGUGAUGUUAGAAAAGAACAGAAUGUUCUCUGGGGUCCUGUAGAGGUCCUGGCCCCUAGGUUUAGCCAGGACUUUUGACAGCCAGGUCUCCUUAGGUAAUUCUUACUGCUUGUGAUUGAAAAGCAUGUCUGUAGUCUAGUAAGCUGUGUUUGUUAGGAAGGGGCCAUUUAGAUUCCCAGUUCUUUAGAGUCGGCUUGUGUUGGUGCUGUUCUGUUGACUUUAAAACCAAGAACUUGUAUUCUCUGAUGUCUUCUGGGGUGCUCUGGUUGGGGCUUCAGUUUGUAAUUGAUUUCUGUUUUUUUUUGAGACAGGGUUUCUCUGUGUAGCCCUGGCUGUCCUGGAACUCACUCUGUAGACCAGGCUGACCUCGAACUCAGAGAUCCACCUGCCUCUGCCUCCCAAGUGCUGGGAUUAAAGGCAUGAGCCACCACUGCCCAGCUUUAAUUUUGGUUAUUAGCUAUGGUCCUAAAGUAGUCUCAGUGGCAGGUGAAAAGGACUGGGGGCUGGGUUCCAUUGCUUGAUCUAGACAGGCAGCAUUAAUCUAUCAUUUCAGCUAAGAUAUAAGAGCACUCCCCAUGUGCCAGUGACCAGAACACAGACAAAAACCCUGCUGUUUUUGGAUCUAUGUGUCACUAAAUGAGUUAGAUCCUAUUCUGGAUGGUGGUAUGUGUUGAGGACAAAUUAAUCCAGAGAAGAAUGGCAAGGAAUCUGGUUAGGAUGUGGAUUGUAAUUUUAAACAAGCUGUUCAGGAAGUAGUGUUGCUGCCAGAAUGAAACUAAGUGGGACCAGGUGUUGGGAGGCAGUGACAUCUCUAGGAGUUCCAUGACAGACAGACAGGGCUCCAUAGAGAAACUUUAUCUCAAAAAAAUAAAAAAUAAAAAACCAAAACAACAUCCCCCCCCAAAAAAUCCCAACAAACAAAAUCCCUAAUUGACUAAAAAGCUAAAGAAAGUUGGGUUGGGGGGGGGCAUAUUGCUCUAUUGAGAAAGAAUACAAGACAGAGAAGGUAGGUUCUUGUCUGGUGACUUUAGGGUGGUAUAGACUCCCUUGGGUGGAGUAGAUGAGCUGUCUGAAGAAUGGACCACGUGUUACAGAGUUACUGCUGGCCCAUUAGUUAUGAUGAUGUCUCUGGUAUAGCCCUUUGUUCAUAGUCAUGAUUAUCCUGGAAGUUUGUUUGUCCUUUAAUCUCUCCUUCUCCCAUCUCUUUUGAGGACUAUGCCUUAACUGCUAGUGUAACCUGGGUUCCCAGUUAUACUUGUUAACUGCAGCCUGACCAAGCACUUGGGAAAGCUGUACUAGGGUGCUUAUGUUGACAGAUUUUGCAAAACAAUCAGUCAAGCAAAAAAUGCUGCUUCUCCAAUCUGGAAAAAUGAGUCUGCACAGUACUUGUUGCUUUUGCCUGGGUUCAGUUCUUAACAUCUAUGUGGCAGCUCAUAACUGUCAACAGUCCCAGAGAAUCCCAUGCCCUGUCCUGAAUUAUGAGUGCACCAGACAUGCACGUGGCUCACGCAAACAAAACACGUAUACAAAGUACAUUCUAAAAAUAGCAUGGGUAUAAAAAAAUUGCCUCACUGAAAGAAUCUAGUUCUGCCAAGUCAGGAGUAGAACUUUAUUUUAAGUGGGUCUUGUUCAGGCAGGUUGGGGGUUAGUUUAUAAAACAGGCCUUGAGUCAAGUAUUGACUGGAAGCCAUACUCAAAGUACACAGCUGCUAGGUAUGAGCCCAAUUAUUGAUGGGUUUGAGUAGUAGAGUGCCGGUUGACAGCUUCUGAUUGUCUUGGCAACCAUCUUUAAUCUUAUACUUGAACUUGGCCUCGAAAGCACAGGCUUCUUUGAGCAUGGCCUUUCUCUCCACUGCCUGAGGAACUGAGGUUGGGCAUGGGGAUAGACAGAUGGGCUGAGACCAUUAUGGAGUAAUGGAUAUCGGAUGGCUUCUUACCUGGUUAAUGUGGUCAGUUACGUCCUUAGAAAGGAUGUCAAGCCACAGUGUGCAGAGAAGAAACCAUGUGGACUUUCUUAGUAAUCUCUUAGAGAAGUUAGUUUUUGAAAGCUUAAGUAUGAAAUGGGUGGAGUAACUGGGAUUCAGGCCUCCUUAUAAGUAGAAAUAAAGAUGGAUUGCCAGGCAACUUGUAAAGACUUAUAAAAAUUGUGUGUUCUAUCCAGUGUGUCCCUUCCUAGACCAGUGUGAAGAACGGUGAACAUGAGUCAACUCAUUACAACAGUGUUUAUAUAGUGGGACUGGCAAAACCCUGUUUGUCAUUAGCAGAACAGCCAGGGCAGGAGAUGUUUGGUACUUCAGAAAGAAUGUAAAGCUCAGUAUGGUGGUACACACUGUAAUCCUAACGUGGGAUGCCAAAGCAAGAGGACCAAAAGUUCAAAGCCACUUGGGGAUAAAGAAUAAGAUCCUGGUCAAGCAACUACUACUACAACAAAAAAAGACAAUUAAUAGCAAAUGUGGAAGACUUAUAACCUCCAGUUUAGAAAACUACAUGAAGAGUUGCAGAAGCUGUAUAUAAUACACAAUUUAUAUGAAUUUUUAAGCACAUUCAAAGUGCUCACAUCACUUCCAUUGUUUCAUUAUUCUGUAUGUGGGAUGGAGUUCGAACCUUAUAGGGUGGUGGUGGGGACAGUAAUGAAAUGCAUGUGUGACGUUGAGACUAGUGUCAUAUAACCAUUCCUGAUGUAUAGUAGUGUUAAUAUUUUGCACAGUUUUCUGUGGAUUGAAAAGACAUGAAUGACAUAAGAGUAGAAACUUAUGGAAUGGGAUGAUGUAUGCUAUACUGCUCCAUAUUCUCUGGUUAUGAGAUGCUAGUGAAAUCAGAAUAGAAACAUUCCUCACUUGUUUUUCUAGUUAUUGAUGCAGAUACAACCUAAGAUUGUUACGAUUUAAGAGGAUAAUAUGGUGACUUCUUUCACUUGUUAAAGUACAUCAAAAUAAACAAAUUAAUCCUGGC